UCUACCCGCUCUCUUGCAUUAUUCACGUCACAUAACAUAAACCCUCCUCACUGCAACCACCGCCACGACGACAUUCAGCUCCGCCCUGACCACCACCACCACCACCACCACCACCACCGAAUUCCUUCCCUCUCUCUCAUAUACUCUCUCUCUCUCUCUCUCUCUCUCUCUCUUUGUGACCACAUAAAUUUGUGUUCAACUCGUGUAGAACAUGGCUCAUACAACUGAGGGUGCAUCGGAGAGUGUGGAGGUGGUUCGGUUCAGUUUCAUGACAGAUGAGGAGGUCAAGAGUCACAGUGUUGUGAAAGUCACAAACCCUAUUUUGCUCGACAACAUCGGGAGGCCUAUCCCUGGAGGGCUGUAUGAUCUAGCAAUGGGGCCAUUAGAUGAACAAUCACCCUGCAAAACAUGUGGCCAGCGUUCGUUUCAUUGCCCAGGUCAUUGUGGACAUAUUGAUCUUAUUACAUCAGUCUACAAUCCAUUGAUGUUUGAUAUGCUCCAUUAUCUUUUACAAAGAACCUGUUUCUUUUGCCUACAUUUUAGGGCAAGCAGAAGCCAGGUUGAAAAAUGUGCUCUUCAAUUAGAACUCAUAGCAAAGGGUGACAUUGUUGGUGCCAAAAGGUUAGAUUCACUCUCAUCUAGUGAAUCAAUCGAUCCAGGGGCUAGUGAGCAUGGGAAACAAGGAUGGACCUCUGUUCAAUUUACGGAAGCGAUGUCUGUCUUGAAUAAAUUUCUGAAGCCAAACUUUGUGGCGUGCAAGAACUGCAAUGCCAAAAAUCCUAAGAUCAGUAAACCUACUUUUGGAUGGUUUCAUAUGGGUGGUUUAUCUGCUGCCAACACUAGAGCAAACAUCAUUAGGGGUUGCAAGUUGGGAGGCCCACGCAGUGGUGAAAAUGAGGAGAAUGCUUCUCCCGAGGUGGUAAAUGUUGAUGACUGCCCAUUGGGAAGUGAUCUUGACACAGCUGAAACUGAUUCAUUAAAGGAAGCCGUAAACGGAAUUGAAGAUUCUAGGCGAGAAAGGCAUGGAAGAAAAAAAGGGGAGCGUGUGUCUCGUGAGUUCUCUAAGCAGAAAAAUUUCUUUUCGGGGACUCUCUUACCAUCUGAGGUUAAAGACAUUGUAAAGCUUCUGUGGGAAAAUGAGGCUCACCUAUGCACUUUUAUCUGUGAUAUUCAGCGUGAGCAAUGCAAUACAUCUGGAAAUAGAGUUGGUUACUCUAUGUUCUUUUUAGAGACCAUUCUUGUGCCCCCAAUCAAAUUCCGUCCUGCGGCCAAGAGUGGUGAUUCUGUGAUGGAACAUCCUCAAACUGUUCUACUCAGUGACGUGCUGCAGUCCAAUAUAGCUUUGGGAAAUGCUUAUGUUAACAACUCUGAACGCUCAAAGAUUGUUAACCGAUGGAUGGAUCUUCAGCAGUCCGUAAAUAUUUUGUUUGAUGGCAAGAAUACCAUGCGUCAAGGCAAAAGAGAGCUUGCUCCUGGAAUAUGUCAAUUGCUGGAUAAAAAGGAGGGAAUCUUCCGCCAGAAAAUGAUGGGGAAGAGGGUUAAUUUUGCAUGCCGAUCUGUUAUAUCUCCAGAUCCUUAUUUGGCAGUAAACGAAAUUGGGAUUCCUCCAUAUUUCGCAUUAAGAUUGACCUAUCCAGAGAGGUUGACACCUUGGAAUGUUGUCAAUUUGAGAGAUGCUAUUGUUAAUGGCUCUGAAAUUUAUCCUGGAGCUACUCAUUAUGUUGAUAAAUUGUCUACUGUGAAACUGCCGCCAAGCAAGAAAAUGCGUCUUUCAAUUUCAAGAAAAUUACCUUCUUCUAGAGGGGUGGUUACACAGUAUGGGAAGAGUUGUGAUUAUGAAUUUGAAGGCAAAAUUGUGUAUCGGCACUUGCGGGAUGGAGAUGUUGUUCUUGUCAAUCGUCAGCCUACGCUUCACAAGCCAAGUAUUAUGGCACAUGUAGUUCGCGUAUUAAAAGGGGAGAAAACUCUUCGUAUGCAUUAUGCCAAUUGCAGUACCUAUAAUGCUGAUUUUGAUGGUGAUGAAAUAAAUGUUCAUCUACCUCAAGACGAAAUUUCCCGUGCUGAAGCUUAUAAUAUUGUGAAUGCUAAUCAUCAAUAUAUUGUUCCAACAAGGGGUGAUACUGUCAGAGGUUUGAUCCAGGAUCAUAUUGUAAGUGCUGUGAUUCUCACAAUGAAGGAUACAUUUCUAACGCAUGAUCAGUUCAAUCAGCUCCUCUAUGGUUCUGGUGUGUUUGCUGCUGGGUGUGGUUCAUCUUUUGCCAAACCCUGCCAGAAAAUUUCUACAGUAGAUUCUGAAGCUCUGAUGCAGCCUGUUUUGCCUGCAAUAUGGAAACCAAAGCCACUUUGGACUGGGAAACAGGUCAUUACUGCUCUUCUAAAUCAUUUGACUAGAGAUUACACACCAUUUACUGUUGAAAAAGAUGGGAAGAUUCCGUCGUCUUAUUUUGGCAGUCAGGCUAAUCAGAAGCAUCCUAGCAAAGGUAGGAAAAAUGAAGAAAGUGGUGAACAUAUGUUGUUAAUUUGGAAGAAUGAACUCGUGCAUGGUGUGAUUGACAAGGCUCAGUUUGGCAAGUAUGGGUUGGUUCAUACUGUGCAGGAGCUCUAUGGCUCAAACACAGCAGGCAUUCUGCUUUCUGCUCUCAGUCGCUUGUUUACUGUGUUUUUACAGAUUCAUGGGUUCACAUGUGGGGUCGAUGACCUUAUGAUAUUAGCAGAUCAUGACGAGGAAAGGAAGAAGAAACUUGAUGGUGAAGAUGUUGGUGAAGAAGUUCAUUGUGAUUUCUUUAAGUUCAAGCCUGGUACAAUAGGCCCAAUGAAACUGCAAUUGGAAAUUGAGAAAGCUAUACACAAUAGUGGACAAUCUGCCACAGCAUCCAUGGAUUUGAAGAUGAAGAAUAGGCUCCAUGAGAAGACUUCCGAUAUCAACAAAGAUUUGUUGGUUAAAGGAUUAUUAAAACCCUUUCCAAAGAACUGCAUUUCUCUUAUGACUAUUAGUGGGGCUAAAGGUAGUACGGUUAAUUUCCAACAAAUUUCCUCUUGUCUGGGCCAACAAGAGUUAGAAGGAAAACGAGUACCUCGAAUGGUUUCUGGAAAAACCCUGCCCUGUUUUCCUCCAUGGCAUUUUUCAUCUCGAGCUGGAGGUUUUAUUUCUGAUCGUUUCCUUACUGGUCUUCGUCCUCAGGAAUAUUACUUUCACUGCAUGGCCGGUCGGGAAGGGUUAGUUGAUACAGCCGUUAAAACAUCUCGUAGUGGAUACCUGCAAAGAUGCCUGGUAAAAAACAUGGAAUGCCUGAAAGUUUGUUAUGAUUAUACUGUCCGUGAUGCAGAUGGUUCGAUCAUUCAAUUUACUUAUGGAGAAGAUGGUGUUGAUGUACACCAGACGAGCUUUAUUGCCAAAUUUGGGGCACUGGCAGCGAAUCAGGCAAUUAUUGGUCAAAAAUUUCAUCAACAGCUUGAAUUCAAUAAUUACAUUACGGAAUUGCCUGAAGGUCUCACAAAAAAAGUGCAAACGUACAUUGAGGAACUGAAGAUCAAAGAUGGAUCUGUAGAAUUGAAGGAACGAGAGGAACUACUUAAGUUGGUCAGGCAAAAAUACAUAUCAAGUCUUGCACACUCGGGAGAACCAGUUGGGGUAAUUGCUGCUCAAUCUGUAGGUGAACCAUCAACACAGAUGACGCUAAACACAUUCCAUCUUGCUGGGCGUGGAGAAAUGAAUGUGACACUUGGAAUUCCACGUUUACAAGAGAUCUUGAUGACUGCUUCAAAUGAUAUUAAGACUCCUAUAAUGACAUGCCCAUUGCUAGAGGGGAGGUUGAAGAAGGAUGCUGAGCGCCUUGUGAGAAAAAUCAAGAAGGUCACUGUAGCAGACAUAAUAGAGAGCAUGGAAGAAAGUGUUUUGCCAGUAUCCAUUAAUAAUAACCAGAUAUCCAGAAUUUAUAAGCUUAAGAUGAAGCUCUGUGAAUCUCAACUGUUUUCAAUUGAAGACUAUGAGGAAACCAUGGGAGUUUUGUUUAUGAGACAAUUGGAAGAUGCAAUACAAAGUCAUUUGUUGUUGCUCUCUAGAAUUAAUGGCAUCAAAAACUUCAUGCCAGAUUCACGAUCGAUGGCAUCAGAUGAGAUAGAUGAGGAUGCUUCUAGCAACAGACUACAAGGGGAAGAAAAUGAUGAUGAUCAUGAUGAUGAUGAAGGGGCUGAUGAUCUAGGUUCGGAUGUGCAAAAAAGAAAACAGCAAGCUGCAGAUGAGAUGGAUUAUGAAGAUGGUUCUGAGGAUGAGCCCAAUGAAGGGGAGACAAUGGCUGGACUUGAAAAAGAAACUGAUCAGGCUGAAGAUGAAGAGGAGGUUUGGGAGGAUGAUGAAAUUGAGAUAUUUGACAAUGAAGAUGAAGCCUCUGAAAUGCCAGUUCCCUCCGAACCUAAAUCAAGUGACAAGAAAGGCAAAUCAAAGUUGAAAAGUAAGAGUAAAGUCAAAGCAAAACUGGUCAAAAAGGACUUUGAUAAGGCAAUAUUCAUUGCAGCUGAAGGAUUGGACUUUGAGGUCCAUUUCAGGUUUAGCGAUGAGCCCCAUAUUUUGCUGGGUCAGAUUGCUCAGAGGACUGCCAAGAAGGUUCAUAUUAAGAGCUCUGGGAAGCUUGAUAUGUGUCAAGCAAUUAAGUCUGCUACAAAUGAUCAAGUUCUUUGGAAAUCCAAGGAUGACAAAAAAAAGGAUGAUCCAGAUUCCCUUGCAGCAAAGAAAGAUGACAAGGAUGAACUUGGUCCGUGGGCUCUGAAGACAGCCGGAGUGAAUUUUACUGCACUUUGGGAAAUGCAAGAUGACAUUGAUGUUACACGUAUAUAUUCCAACAACAUCCAUGCUAUUCUAAGUACAUAUGGAGUGGAAGCUGCCAGGGAAACCAUCCUAAGGGAGGUGAAGCAUGUUUUCCAAAUUUAUGGAGUGGAAAUUGAUUAUCGGCACCUAAGUCUAAUUGCUGAAUUUAUGACCCACUCGGGUGGGUACCGACCAAUGAGCAGACAUGGGGGCAUAGCGGAGUCGAUAUCACCACUUCUUAAAAUGUCUUUUGAAACUGCUUCCAAGUUCAUUGUUGAAGCAGCAUCUCAUGGAAUGUCAGAUAACUUGGAGACGCCAUCUUCAAGGAUCUGUCUUGGCUUGCCAGUGAAGAUGGGUACUGGUUGUUUUGACUUAAUGCAGAAGCUAGAGAUCUGAUGUACAGCAGUAGCAAACUAUAUUUGUUUUCUGCCACAAUUGGUUUUUGUUUUUGUUUUUGUUUUUGUUUUGUGGGGUGCAUUGGAUCAUGAGGGUAAAAGCUGGCAUGGGUUGUAAUGGCUAAUGGUGGUGGUGUUACCCAUUUAUAUAGCUGGAAUAUACCAACUUUUAUUUGGGAGUGGAAUUUUUGUUUGGCAUAUCUUUUGGUGAUCAUUACAAUUGGAAUUGAACUAACUGGUGUUGUAUAAUGUUGAACUUGAAUGACAACUUGGAAGCUA